GCGCGGAGCUGGUGCACAGCACUCAUGCCGAGAGCCCACCCCUGUGCUGGGAUAGAGCAACACAGGGCUGUCUUUCCCGCUCCAGAGCCUGUGAGAAGUUCGUUCUAUAUCAAGACGCUGGGUUCUGCCAUGUCGGAAGCAGGACCCCUGAUGCAGCGGUUCCUCCAGGGGCAGCCCAGAGUCUUAGGGGCCCUCUUGCUGUUGGUGGGGCUGCUGCAGGUGGCCUUUGGUGUCCUCUUGGCCAUUUCCCCCUGCGUCUAUAGGGAUGAGCUGCACGUCCACUUUUACUCAGCAGUGCUGUUGCUCUUGGCUGGAAUCAUCACUCUGGCUGCAGACACAACACACAGCCUGGCCCUGGUGAAAGCCUGCCUGGUCAUUUACAUCAUCUGCACGGUGGUGGUGGGCGUGAUCAACUUAUUCUACCUUGUGGACUUGGUGUACGAUCCCCGUAACCGGUACAUCCGGUGUCCUUCCAGCAACAGGUUGCACUGCAGGCGGCUGUACCAGAUCUCGCACUAUUGCACGGGCAUGCGGGCCAUCAUCCUGAUCUUAACCUCACUGGGGUUCUUCGUUUCCAUUGCCCUGGCAGCCUUCGGAUGCAAAGCGGUGUGUCGCCAGAACUCUGCUGAUGAUGUGCCGGUCGCCGCCCUGACGAAUCCGCCCGCUUCCCACGAGGCCGCCGCGGAGCCCGAGCCUGUGGUGUCAGAGGGACCCGCGGCAGCCCUGGUAUUUGAUCUUCCACAAGAAGUCUACCGGGGGCAUCUCCUCCUGCUUUAAUUGGUGGGUCUAUCAGCGAAGCUGCAGGCACGGAUCAUGACAUGCGUUAUUGCUCCAAAGGAAUGGCUUUGCGGCUGAUUGAGGUGUGCUGCCAUUCCCCGCAGGAUAGUUUCUUAACGUGUAGAACACCCCCUUCUUCAAAAAAUAAACAAACAAUCCAGUUU